CACGAACGGCGCAAUGUCCUUCGCUUAGCUCUUCUUGGGGCUACGGCCAUGCUGCCCAGCAGCGAAGCCUCAGCUGCAGACGACCAGGGGGUGGCUUCUUCGCGAAUGUCAUAUUCUCGCUUUCUGGAAUAUCUGGACUUGGGCCGAGUGAGAAAGGUCGAUCUCUAUGAAAACGGCACCAUUGCCAUCGUAGAAGCGAUUUCUCCCGAGCUCGGUAAUCGCGUUCAACGCGUCCGCGUACAGCUCCCUGGCACCUCAUCUGAUCUUUUGAGUAAGUUCCGGGAGAAAAAUGUCGACUUCGCUGCUCAUACGAACGCAGAAGAUGGUUCCGCUGUGUUUCUCAACCUUUUAGGCAACCUCGCGUUCCCUCUCCUUCUCGUCGGUGGCCUCUUUCUUCUGACACGUCGCAACCAAAGUAAUGGCGGCGGCAUGCCCGGUGGAAUGGGAGGUCCUGGGGGCAACAACCCGAUGGCCUUUGGAAAGUCAAAGGCAAAGUUCCAAAUGGAGCCAAACACCGGGGUUACCUUCGACGACGUAGCCGGAGUUGAUGAAGCCAAAAAUGAUUUCAUGGAAGUUGUCGAGUUUCUUAAGCGGCCCGAAAGAUUCACAUCGGUUGGUGCCAAAAUACCCAAGGGUGUUCUUCUAGUCGGACCUCCUGGUACUGGAAAGACACUCCUUGCUAAGGCAAUUGCUGGUGAGGCCGGUGUCCCAUUUUUUUCCAUCUCUGGGUCGGAGUUUGUCGAGAUGUUUGUCGGCGUCGGCGCUUCCCGCGUUCGUGAUCUAUUUAAGAAGGCAAAAGAGAAUGCUCCUUGCAUAAUCUUUGUCGACGAGAUAGACGCUGUUGGUCGUUCCCGCGGAACUGGUAUCGGCGGAGGUAAUGAUGAGCGCGAGCAGACACUCAAUCAGCUGUUAACUGAGAUGGAUGGGUUUGAAGGAAAUACCGGUGUCAUCGUCGUCGCGGCAACCAAUCGCGCUGAUAUCCUUGAUCCCGCGCUUCUCCGCCCUGGACGGUUUGACCGUCAAGUUACUGUUGACGUACCCGAUGUCAAAGGUCGCAUUGAGAUUUUGAAGGUGCACGCUAAGAACAAACGUUUGACCGACGACGUUGAUAUUGAAACGAUUGCGAAACGCACCCCAGGAUUUUCUGGUGCAGAUCUUUCAAACUUACUGAAUGAAGCAGCGAUACUUACUGGACGACGCGGGAAAGACGCGAUAACGCUUGUCGAGAUUGACGACUCUGUUGACCGAAUUGUGGCCGGCAUGGAGGGAACCCGAAUGACUGAUGGAAAGGCGAAAUCACUAGUCGCAUAUCACGAGGUCGGUCAUGCGAUCUGUGGUACUCUCACUCCCGGGCACGAUCCCGUUCAGAAGGUGACCCUAGUGCCGCGUGGUCAAGCCAAAGGUCUAACCUGGUUUAUUCCAGGAGAGGACCCUUCCCUCAUUAGUAAGCAGCAAAUUUUUGCCCGAGUUGUUGGUGCUCUUGGCGGCCGUGCAGCCGAAGAGGUAAUUUUUGGACACGCUGAGGUCACGACAGGAGCUUCCGGUGAUCUUCAGCAAGUUGCAAACAUGGCCAAACAAAUGGUCACCACUUUCGGCAUGUCAGAUGUCGGCCCUUGGGCCUUGAAUGAUCCUUCAUCCCAGGGAGGGGACAUGAUCAUGCGCAUGAUGGCGCGGAAUGCCAUGUCUGAAAAACUUGCAAAUGACAUUGAUGUAGCCACAAAACGUAUUGCGGAUGAAGCAUAUGUCGUUGCGCUGCGGCAAAUCAAGGAUAACCGCGAGGCCAUCGAUGUAAUCGUCGAGGAACUACUUGAAGUCGAGACGAUGACAGGCGAGCGAUUCAGGGAGAUCCUUUCGCAAUACGCCUCGAUCCCAGAGGAGAAUGUCCCCAAAGAGAUAGCUAUGGUAUGAGCAUGCUUUGCGUGCACUCUUUGUUUAUGUGCCGCAUUGCGCAGUGGCCUGCGCGUGAAAUUUGACCAGGUGUUUCCAUGACUGCACGGCCACCCCUUGCAGCUGAAUUCAAGAAAAAUGGCAAAAUUCAAAAAAACGAGCGCUUCAAUUGGAAGACUGAAGAUGAAGAUAUUGGAUAUUUAAUAUGAUGUUCUUUGCUCCUACAAAGUU